AUGCGCGGGCGGGGUGAGCUCCCCAAGGCGAGGUCUAUUCUCAUCAUGGACAACUUGCACGCGCAGACCACGGACGAGUUCAAGGAGUAUCUUGCGAAGCACUGCAACACUCUCGCCUGGUAUGGCCCUUCGGAGUGCAAGGACGAGAUGGACAUAUGGCUCGAGCAGUCGGACAACCUCGAGAGGUGGGAAACCGCAUCGCUGACUGUCACAGCUUCUGAUCGGCGCGCGUACCGAUACCGUCUUUUCGAAAAGUGUGGGAUGGCCAUGACCGUGGACGGCUCGGGCGAUGAUCGAAUCACCUUGGAGGGUUUGGACAAGCUGUAUACCUUCGCUAACGAUGAAGACAGUAGCGACGACGAACAAGGUUCGGAGAACGGCAACGAUGAGCCUGAGGGGCGGGCGGAGGAGGGCGAUGGAGGACGUGAGACGCUCAUGGAGGGCGUUGACUCCAGCGAUGAAGAUGACGGCGACAUCUCUCAACCCCAGACCGACGAGCUAGCUCUUCUGGACGAUGACGACAGCAUGGAGCCACAAGACCCGGAGGAUGAGAUACAGGGAAUGGAGAUCCCGGCAGGCUUUCGUAUUCAAGAAGCUAAACCCGUUGCUCUUGACAGAUUGCUUUUGCGGCGUGGAGUGCUCGUUAGGCUGGGCAUGGGGUGGUUUGGAGGGCUGAUCACUCAACAAUCUCAGAAGGACACUCGCCACCUGUACGACUACUGUGUGCAGCUGGAGCUAGACCAGAGUACGCGCAAGAUGAAGUUGCCCUUAGACAAGUACAGCGGAGAUUCGGAUGCGGCUGUAGGCUCCUGGUUCUUUAUUUUUAUUUUCUUAAUAUCACACAACAAAUCCAUCUCUAUCUAUAGAAAUAUGUCUAAGAUAGGUUAG